UGGGUCAUUCUGCGUAAAAACCGGCGCGGUGUCCAUGGUGACAGACAACGCUUGGAUCGCUCUUCCUGGCCAAGCGCACAGAAGGAAACAUCUUAACACUUUUUAGUGAGAUAAUUGCUGUUUUGCUCUUUCGUUUCAAGAAAAUUGGCACAAUGGGAGAGAGAGAGUCUGUGGAGAGAGAGGAGAUGGGCCUACACAUUCCCUUCUACCCUCUCCCAGAGGAAAUACAACAGAUGGAGAGGUCAGAGACUGUGUGUCAGUACUGCGGUGUGAGUUAUCUCAUCCUCCACGAGUUCCAGCUCCUCCAGGACAGGUUGGCCCAGGUGGAGAGAGAGCUCCAGAACCAGAGCGGGGCCACAGAGAGAGAGAGAGCCAAGAGAGAGCUGCUGGAACUGGGCAGAGAGGAAUGGGAGAGGGCUCUGAGAGAAGAGAUCCAAAGAGGGGCCACGGAGAAAGAGAAAGUCCUGAGAGAAGAACAUGAAAAGAGGUUUAAAGAGAAGAGAUUCCUAAAUGAGGAGAUAGAAAAAAUGAGUGAGGAGAGAUGGAGAGUCCUGAAAGAAAAACUCCAUCAGGCCAACACUCAUCUGGAGGAACAGAGGGAAGACCUACAUCAGCUGGAAGAGAGGCUGAAGUGUGUGGGUUUGGAGCGAGACAUGACAGAAGGGCUGCUGUGUAAAGAGAGAGAGCUCUGCCAACAGCUCAGGUAAAGAGAGGAUAGAACAAGAAAACAAGGGAACAAUACAGCUGCCAAUACAGCUGCCAAGGAGGGCGGAGGAAAGAAAGAUAAAAAGGGAUAGAGGGAAAACAGAAACAAAAGAAUAGCCCUGCUUUAAUCUGAUUGGUUGGUGGCUCCCCGACCAAUGGCACGACAGGAAGGCUGGGGCAGAUGGGAAAAAUCUGGGUGGCGGGAUGCAGGAAGGAAAAAACAGAGGGAGAGAAAAACAAAGGGAGGAGAAAAAAAUAGAGGAGAGUUAGCCCAUUGCUGAAAGUGCAAAGGACAAUAAAACUGUAGAGAAAAGGAAG